CCCCCCCCGGGGGUGGGGGCUGACUGCCGGGCUGGAGCGGCCACCUCCCCAAGCCCUCACCUCCCCGGGCCUCCUCCCAGGACCUGACGCCGGUACCCAGGGUGCCCGGCGCGGACAGCCACGCCCUGCCCAGGGAUUCCCUUCUGGGCCCUUUUCCAGCGUCCGGGGGUCAGGAGUACGAACAUCCAGGCUCUUCCAGGCUCUUCCAGUAUUUGCUUCCGAAGCCCGAGCAUCUCUGCAGCCGCCGCCGUCAUCGCUGCCGGGAUCUGUGUGGGUGAGGUGCGGCCCAUCCGCCACAGCCACCUUCCCCCCCCCCGCCCCCCCUCACCUGGACCACCUGCCCCCCCCCCACGACCCACCUGGACCACCUGCCCCCCUCCCCCCAACGACCCACCUGGACCACCGGGACGCCGACCCACCUGGACCACCCGGAUCACCCGACAUGGACGCGCGGAGCCCCAAAGCCCCGGGCGGGGACGCGCUGCGGGACGCGGCAGAAAACCUAUUUCAGGAACUUCAAGAACAUUUUCAAGCUCUAACUGCAACUCUGAACCUCAGAAUGGAAGAAAUGGGAAAUCGCAUCGAAGAUUUACAGAAGAAUGUGAAUGACUUAAUGGUGCAAGCUGGGAUUGAAAAUUCUAUUAAAGAACAAAUGACCUGAAGACUUGAAAAUAUGAUAAAGUCAAAGUUGUACUUUUUGAAUGACAAUUUGCAUAGUAUGUGUUCUGGUUUUUACUAUUUAAUUUAAAAAUUCAUUUUAAUGAAGUGAAAGAUUAAAAGAACAAUGCAAUAAGAACAUAGUUUAGAAGGCGAUUAACCACUUGACCCAGAUGGUUCUAAAAUGGCAGAACAUCUUUCAACGCAUACCUAGUAUUUACAAGUCAUGGGAGGGAAGCAUAAGCUAUAUCAGGUCAGCUCUUUUUCCUGAAUUAAGUUCUAGGUAGAUCUUUUUAAAAAAAUCAUAAGCUGUUUUGUGAUUGAGAUUUCUUUCUCAAUACCUGCAUUCCAACUCAGCUUUUCCAGUCAUAUGGUUCUCUGUCUAGUCCAAACACAUUCUGAUAGCAAUGUUCUCCAAACCGAACAAAACCCAGGAAAACAGCCCGCCUCGUCCCAGGUCACCCUUGCCCACUCUGCUCCUAAGGAGGUGGUCACCAAGAAGAAGCACAAAGAUCACAGUUCAGCUUAUUUUGUAGGUUAUAUGGAGACGUUUUCAAAUAAUUAUCCAAUUUGCCUCUCUGAGCCAAAGUCAAGCAGAACAGGGUCGGUAAUAGGCUCUCGUUGUAAAAAUACCACGAUUCCUGCACAUGAGAUAGAUUUUAUUCUUCAUACAAAAGUCAAAACCACCCAUAAUUCUACAACUUAAAUUGAAUUAGCCACUGUAAACAUUUUUCUGUACAUACAAUUCUAUAUACGGUUGAUGAUGUUUAUAAUCUCAUAUCCUGUUCUCUUCAUAUCAUAAACAUUUUUCCAUCUGAAAAUUUCACACACUUCUUAUAUAUAUAUAUUUUUAUGGCUGACUACUAUUCUAUCAUAUGGAUGUAAUAAUUUAACCAUUUCCUUGACUGUUCCUUGGACAUUGACGAUAUUUCCCACCAUCUUGCUACUAUAAUGCUGUAAGGAACACUGUUACCAUGAAUUCUCUGCAUGUUUCAUUAGGGUCAGAAGUGUGACUGAAGACCGAGUACAUUAGUCAAAUGCAUUUAAGAAAUGAAGCAUCAUUUUAUACUCCCAACAGUGGUGUAUGUCUUUCCUUUUUUAAUCCAAAGUUUUAAAAUGGCAUCAUUUAAGUUCAGUAUUCUGGGGCGCCUGGGUGGCUGUCGGUUAAGCGUCCGACUUCAGCUCAGGUCAUGAUCUCACGGUUCGUGGGUUUGAGCCCCACGUCGGGCUCUGUGCUGACAGCUCAGAGCCUGGAGCCCGUUUCAGAUUCUACGUCUCCUUCUCUCUCUGCCCCUCCCCACUCGCGCUCUGUCUCCCUCUGUCUCAAAAAUAAAUAAACAUUUAAAAAAAUUUUUUAAUUGAGUAUUCUUGGGGACUUAAGAUCAUGAUAGUUCUAUUGGAUUAUGUGAAAAAUCUCAAAGCAUUUUAGCUGCUAUUAUAAUUUUAGCAGAAACUAAAGUAGAUUUUGAAUUGAAGUAAACCAAACUGAUUUGAGUCCUCAUUAAUAACAUAGAUCACAAUUCAAAAUCCAGGAUUUUUAAGAGAUUAAAGUAGGUAGAAAAGAAAACUUCUAUUAGUUAUUAACUAAAUAAAAACACUAGGGGCACCUGACUGGCUCAGUUGGUAAAGCGUGUGACUCUUGACCUCGAGGUCGUGAGUUCAAGCUCUACAUUGGGCAUGGAGCCUACUUAAAAAAUAAAAUAAAAACAGUAAUACUGUCCAAAAAAUACUAACUUCUUUGUGGAUCCUCUUUAACAGUCUGACAUUGAACAUCUCAAUGAUUCAUUCAAACCUUUAGAGAGAUUAUUCGACAUUUUAGAAUAUCAUACCUGUUUCAACAUGUUCCUAACAUUUUUAUAAAGGAUUGCUAUUCUCCAGCACCCUGUUACAUAUAUUUAAAAGAAAUCAAAUGCUUCCAUAAGGAAAAAGGGGGACGUAGCACAUGGGUUUACACGUGCUUAACCAUGCUUAUUCCAAUCUAAACUUGAUUGAUACGGAACUUCAGUAGCAAGCAGUUUAUUCAUAGAAUACUUAAGUGAAAUGUUGCAAAUUCAGUAUCAAUGCUAUAUUCAUAUACUUGCAAUUUAAAACUCAUUUAACACAAAAUUUUUGAACUUAUGAGAACACCAAGCUUAAUAAUAAAGGGCUAACUUUGUAAGGCAGCAUUUCCGGAUGCAAUUGUCUGAAGGUUUAAUUCUCACACUUAAUUUCCUUUUUGUUUUUUAAAGUUUAUUUACUUAUUUUUGAGAGAGAGAAAGCACAAGUGGGGGAGGGGCAGAGAGGGAGGAAGAGAGACAAUCCCAAGCAGGCUCUCUGCUGUCAGCACUGAGGUGUAUUCAGGGCUCAAACACACAAACCAUGUGAUCAUGACCUGAACCAAAGUCAGAAGCUGAACUCACCGAGCCACCCAGGCGCCCCUAAUUUCCUUUCUUUACAACUAUGGUCUCUUGCCUGACCUAUCACCAUAGACUUUUUUAAAAUAUAUUUUUAAAAUUUUUAUUUAUUUUUGAGAGAUAGAGCAGAGUCGGGGAGGGGCAGAGAGAGGGAAACACAGAAUCUGAAGCAGGCUCCAGGCUCUGAGCUGUCAGCACAGAGCCGGAUGCGGGGCCUGACCCCACGAACUGUGAGAUCAUGACCUGAGCUGAAGUUGGACGCUUAACCGACUGAGCUACCCAGGCGCCCCUAAAUAUUUUUUAAAAUGUUUAUAUUUGAGAGAGAGCACAGAACGGGGGGGAGAGAGAGGGACUCAGAGGAUCUGAAAAAGGCUCUCUCUCAAAAAUAAACAGACAUUAAAAAAAUUAAAAAAAAAGAAAAGAAAAGAAACCUGGUGAGGCCACGAACACAUCCUAUAUUUUAACUGAGCAGCUUAAGAAACGACAUUUAGGGUGCAGAUUUUAGAAAUAUCAGUGGCGUGGUUUUAGAGUAGUUGUAGCUUUGAUUUUGUCAGUGCUCUGAGCAACUCCUCUCUCCUCUGCAUAGGAUCAGAAGUUAGAAAAAGGCAGUCUAGGGACCCACACGUAACAAUCUACCGCAAACACACAAGGUUGCUGGUUGUUUUAAUGUUUCGGAUCUUUGUUUGGAAUGUCUGAGGACUGUAUGUAAAUGACAUCAUACCAUAGUAUCCUGCGCCCAGCUUCUCCAGUCAGUAGUUUCAAAUUCAUCUAUGUUGAUGUGUGUAGCUCUACUUGAGUCACUAACUGCUGUGUAAUAGCCUUCUGAAUUGUUUUGCACUGGACAGUACUGUUUCCAAAUUAUACUGCAAUAAACACUCUUGCGUAUC